CUCCAUUGACCUUCUCUCACUUUCUACCCAUCAAGCAAGCAGCCAAAUCCUCCCUCCCUCCCUCCCUCCCUCAGCCUCUCAGGAUAGAACCCGUUUUGCCUCGCCGUCUGGGCACCAUUCCACUGCCACGUCCCGACGCACCAAAACAUGAGUGUCAACAGUCUUUGGUUCAAGUGGAAGAGCUUAAGACUCCCGUGGCGGAGAUUUUUCUUGGUCGGCCAGGAUCUGGCCGGCAACACCUUCUGGGAAUUCAAGGACGCUGCCAAUUCCUCACGGCUCAGGCGCAUCGUGAAAUACAAUCCAAAGACCCAUUAUGCAGAUGUCAAGGUAUCACCGCAAUGGCACCAGUGGCUGCGACAUGUUCGGCCAGAACCCCCUUCGAUAGCAGAACAGCAGCAGGAGCUUGUACGCCAAGAGCAGAUCAAGUAUCUCGCCAAACUUGCCGAUGAACGAUGGGCCAGCAAGCCUUCGUAUCUCGACAAGCCACAGGAACAGCAGUCGGGACCUGCGAUCGAAUCGAGAACGCCGGCAUACCAUACCGGCCCGAAACCAACCGCCGAACAGGCCGGUGUGCGCUCAGCGAUCGGUAGCGAAGCCGAACUGCUGCAGCAAGGGACGAAGAAGAAGAAGAGGAAGAUAAAGACUAGUCCUUGGGAAGGGGAAUCCGGUGCGCCGGGCGAAAAGUGGCAACCGGAGGCGUGGAAUCCUUCUGCGGCAAAAAGAUAAAAAGAAUCUUCUCCCUUGGGGAUGUCACAGAUUUACCAAUUCGACGUAUAACCACCAAGUCUACGCGGGGAGCAAUCUGCUUCAUGUUAUGAGUAUCAGAAGACGUUCAAAGGCCAUUCGAGCCACCAUCUUCAUUGACCAUUUGCCCGUGCUCCACGGGACAAGUGAGACGCAUUGACGGCAGUUCGAAAGAAGAAAAACAUUGAUCAGGCACGGACUUUCUCAGUGCAGCCUUGCAGAAUCCCCUCCGCCAUCUCUUCCCGAUGAUCACGUCGGAUCAUCCGCUUCAAAACUCUCCAUUCUUGGUGACAAUGAUCGCAGACCGGCUACUUCUGCCAUGUAUGUAUGAUACUGUACCAUAGCGUUUACAUACUUCGUGUGUACAUUUACUUUGGAUAAUAAAAGCAGGACUUACUUUACACCUGUUUGCACAGAAUCCCGUGAACUUCAUGAUGCGCCUGGCAUAUGUAUGUAUCUGCGCUGCAGGUGCCUUUGGCACUCAUCCUGUGAUGCGACUUGGUCAACUCCUAUUUGAUCCACAGACGCUUUUUCUUUUCCCAUCGACCACAAAUUUGGAAAUACAUGCAACCCACCGCCAAAGGGAGAAUAACCUAAAUUCGGAGCUCUUGGGUUACUAUGGGUAGUGGCACAACCCCCUCCAGUGGGUAGAUCGGUGGCACAAGAUCACACCAGGCUAUUCAAUCUCUCGGUUACCUCGACAGGUUCUCUCUUCCCGUCUGACUCGAAUGUGUGUCGCAUUUUUCCUACUGCCAGCGAGCCCUAGCACCGAUCGAGCGGUGAUUCUCUCCCCACCGUUUCAUUUAGCCCCCUAGGGUUCUUGUUUUUCCUUUCUAAAGAGUCCUUUUUUGUUUUUUUCUUUUCUUUUUUAGGAGGAAUUGCAUCUCUAUUCUCGAGCUUUGUCCUAGUCUCAAAAGGGCCCAGGCAGGCACCCGUGCAUACUUGUACUCCCUUUCUUCCCUGUUUCUUUUCCGCACUUUUCCACACACUAUUAUUAGAAAAUCCAGGGGUGGGGGGAGAGUCCGUCCGUGUGUCUGUUUCCGCUUCAUGACUCAGGAGCUCGGCUGCCUUAUGGUCAAACAGAGUCAGGCGUACAUGCUCUUCAUAUCAAGCCAUGAUAAGAUACUUUUCCCCUUGCACAAAUGCAGGGAUUCCGUUCCAUGCCCGUGGAUUUCUUUUUCUUGACUGUUUGUUUAACUCUUGUCAUCCUCCUCGCUUUGUUAUCGCGAAUAUACCAUCGGAGAAUUAGGCCUCCCUCUCCAAUCGAAACAACCUGCAUAGCUACGUCAGUGAGACAAUCCGAGGCCUCGGGACAUAAAGACUCCUUGAUCACUAAGCUGUCCACUCUGCACGUAUCUAGCCAGGGAUUUUUGUGCGCGUAUGUGCCGUGAGACCCGCUUUAUCUUGUUCAGCUCGUGCAGAUGAAAUUUAUGUAUAGGCUGACAGGCAUCAGCAUGUUUCAAAACCCCUUGCUACAAAUGUGUGUACAUACAUAGUCCUACUUACUUUCAUGCAGGGCUAACACGAAAAGAGAACAUUCAGCGCUGCUCAUAUGUAUGUACCUAUGUGUUGAGGUGAUAUAAAUAGUCCAUGCGUACUACAUACAAUAUGUAUACGGGAGUGGGAGUGAAUCCGUGAGAACAGAACACGAUGCACGUUCGGAGUGUUAAACAAAA